ACAAGAGAGUCACGUCAGGAGGAGAAUCACAGAUGAUGUUGCAAGAGCUGCAGUUUUACUCAGAACAUGGACUGAGAGCACUGACAAUGGACUGGCUGCUCUGCAGGCAUCUGUGUGAAAUCACCAUGAGAACUUUGUUUCAAUUUCUUAUUUAACGGACCUUAAGUCAUUAGAUCUGAAGAUGACGGGCCAGACAGCGGAGAGGGAUCGCUCUCCCCACAAUCUCUCAGUGAAGACCACGCUGGAGGAGGACACCGAGAGAGCAGAGAGCGUUCUCAGCAGGGUGCCAUCUGUGUGUGAUGACACAUCCUCAGAGCUACAAAGAGUCGCUGCUCUUGACCCUCGUGGAAAUAAUUCCCGAAAUUCUUUUCAAAGGAGUGGUGCUGUCUCAAGACUGGUGAACCUGGUGGUCAGACUCAGAGAAUGGGCACACAGGAGUCUGGUGGAGGAGGAGCGGCCAGACUCUUUCCUGGAGCGUUUUCGAGGUCCUGAGCUAAGAACAGCUCCCAGCCGCAACAGCAACACACAACCAGAUGCUAAUGGGAACAAUGCUAAAGGGAUCUUCAGGAAAAAGUGGGAAUUGUUUGUGGUGUCGCCAUCCGAUGACGCGUACUACCGCUGGUUAUUUGUAAUCGCCACUGCUGUGCUGUACAACUGGUUCCUUGUUGUCGCAAGGGCAUGCUUUGAUGAGUUACAGGUGAGUAAUUACAUCUGUUGGCUGGUGUUGGACUAUCUCUCAGACACCAUAUUUCUCAUGGACUCAUGCGUUCGACUUCGCACAGGAUUCCUGGAACAGGGUUUGCUGGUGAAGGACCAUGCCAAGCUCAGAGACAGCUACAUUCGCACACUGCAGUUCAAGCUGGACGUGCUGUCCAUCCUGCCCACUGACUUGGCCUACAUUACCACCGGCAUCCACACGCCCCAGCUCAGGUUCAACCGCCUGCUGCGCUUCCCACGCAUGUUUGAGUUCUUUGACCGCACGGAAACGCGCACCAACUAUCCCAAUAUCUUCCGGAUCUGUAACUUGGUGCUUUAUAUCCUGGUCAUCAUUCACUGGAAUGCCUGCAUCUACUAUGCUAUAUCCAAGUCUCUGGGAUUUGGCUCGGACACUUGGGUGUUCCCUAACAACUCCAGACCUGAGUUUCAGACACUGACUCAGGGUUACGUCUACUGUCUGUACUGGUCAACUCUUACUCUGACCACCAUUGGGGAAAUGCCUGCACCUGUGCGAGAUGAGGAGUACCUAUUUGUGGUCUUUGACUUUCUUGUUGGGGUACUGAUCUUUGCCACAAUUGUUGGAAAUGUCGGCUCCAUGAUUUCCAACAUGAAUGCGACCCGUGCUGAGUUUCAAGCCCGGAUUGAUGCCAUCAAACACUACAUGCACUUCCGCAAAGUCAGUAGAGAAUUAGAGACACGCGUCAUUAAAUGGUUUGACUACCUUUGGACAAACAAGAAAGCAGUAGAUGAACAGGAGGUUCUCAAGAACUUGCCAAAUAAACUGCGGGCUGAGAUUGCUAUUAAUGUCCACCUGGAGACCCUGAAGAAAGUCCGCAUCUUUCAAGACUGUGAGGCAGGACUGCUGGUGGAGCUUGUGCUCAAACUGCGGCCACAGGUCUUCAGUCCGGGGGACUACAUCUGCAGAAAGGGGGACAUUGGUAAGGAGAUGUAUAUCAUUAAGGAGGGGAAGCUGGCUGUGGUGGCUGAUGAUGGGGUCACCCAGUACGCUCUGCUGACUGCUGGCAGCUGCUUUGGGGAAAUCAGCAUUCUUAACAUAAAAGGUAGUAAAAUGGGGAAUCGAAGGACUGCCAACAUUCGCAGCUUGGGUUAUUCUGAUCUCUUCUGCCUCUCUAAGGAUGAAUUGAUGGAGGCAGUGACUGAGUAUCCAGAUGCUAAGAAUGUUCUGGAAGAGAGGGGCCGGGAGAUCCUGAUGAAGGAGGGUCUUUUGGAUGAGAACAUAGCGAGUGGUGGGAUGCAGAAGGAGGACACAGAGGAGAAGGUGGAGAGGCUGGAGUCCUCUCUGGACACACUUCAGACUCGCUUUGCCCGUUUACUUAGUGAAUACACACACACACAGCAACGGCUGAAGCAGCGGAUCACUCUCCUGGAGCGGCAGCUGAACCAAAUGGAUUGUGGUGCAGAUGCAGACCAUGACACUGGAGCACAAGCAGAGGUUGUGAAUGAAACAGACCCAGUGGCUGGUGCCCUCAAAGAGGAGUCUCCACCUGAGGAUGAUGUGCAGAGAGAGGACAAGAACUUCACAUCAAAACACUAACUGUUUCACUGAGGACGUUUAUAUGAAAAACUGUGUUUUAUGCCCAUUCUCAUUCCAAGAGCACCGCUCUGUCGCGUCCUCUGGCGUCGCCUUACAGGGUACACAACUGCUCAAAGUGUCCAUCUACACUUCACUGUGAGCGUCAAGCUGGUACUGAGCAGUCACUGACAUGGGAAAUAUAUACUAUUUAUGCAUUCAUCCAUUGUCUACCACAGGGUUGCGAGGCUGCUAAAGGCCAAUCCCAGCAGGUCACCAGUCCAUCACUAGGCCAACAACCAUUCACUCUCACAUUCACACCUACAGUUAAUUAGGAAACCAGGAAAUCCCACGUGCACACGUGGAGAACAUGCAAACUCCAUGCAGAAAGACCUUCAUUCAAACCUGGGUCUUUCUGCUGCAAGGCAACAGUGCCUAGCUGCUAUACCAAAACAUACACUAGCUCGUUGUUACAGUUGUUAUCAUAAUAAAAUGAUAUCUUUCAUUUUAUUAGUUAACAUUUUAAUGUUAUAUUUAGAUUCAGUAGUGCUGCUCUAAUACAUUGAUAGAAACAGGAAGUAGUCACGCUUUGCACAUGCACAGAACAAAUCAGGUUUCCGGGAACAGAUCAGGCAGUGAAAGGCAGAGCAGUGUCUGUCAUGGCCGACUUUGCAGCAAGAGUUGCUAAUAUUGCUAAAGUGAUGACGACAUGAUGUUUGUCAAUGUUGUGUUCACGCUGUUACUCAGGAAGUGAAUCUGUCCAAUUUUACAUAAUACUCCUUUAAUAAGAGUGAUCAUGUUACUUUACUUUAUGACUUGGUAUCCCAAGUACAAAGUUACAGUGCUUGUUAUAUUAUAUUUUAUUACUUUUGGAAGUACAAUCAAACUAAAAUGCAACAAAAAUGCCUGCAAACAUGACAGUGUCUCCCAACGUUAACUGUUUUCUGCAUAUUCCUUAUGAUUUGACCUGCUGUGUGUACAUAUAAUCAUAAUCACACAUGCAGUAACUCAGUGUUACAUUAUAACAUUAUUACUGUUUUGUAAAUCCUAAUCCCUUGCACUAGUAUGACAGUAAUAUUUUCCUGAGUUGCCCAUGACUGCCCAACACGAUCAUGUCUGACAGGAACACAUGGGUGGGCCACAAGGUGGACUAUAUAGAAUCCUGGUUCGACCAAGGGCCUUUCUGUGUGGAGUUUUCCCCGUGUUCAUGUGGGUUAUUUCCGGGUACUCUGGUUUCCUCACACAGAGUGUGACAGUGAAUGGUUGUUCGUCUCUGUAUCUUGACCCAUAAGGGUUAUAUCCGGGCUGACAAUAUGGGUCCCAAGCAGGUUUGUCCAUGGUGUCCACACCCGUGUUUGCACACAUGGGAGCAUGUGGGGCCUGUAUAAUUGAUCCACUUCAGACCCAUGCCACUUAUUUUACCCACUUAGUACCCAGGUAGUCUGGAAAGGGUCUUAAGUAAGGAAGGGAUGAUACCACUUAAGUAUCUACUGAUACUGAUAUGAGUCAGAUACAGUAUUUUAGACCAUUUAUGAGCUAUGAAAAACACAUUUGUGUUGAGUCAUUUCAAAGCCACAAUUCUCCAACUGUGUAAAAAAUAUUAUUCUCCCAAAAAGAAAUAAACAGCCCAAAUUAAAUCAGAUCCAGUGACUUUGACCAGUAUACUGUCUCCAACCCUUGUAUUAAGUGGGCAUGGGCUUGUGGAGCCACCAUGGAAACCACAAACAAACCUGCGUGGGACCCAUACUGUCAGCCCACAUAUAACAUGGGGACUGGGCUGUACCACGGCUUUCACCCUAAGUCAAGUGGGCUUGCUCCAGCUCCCCCGUGACCAUCAUGUGGGGGAUAACGCCGUGGAAAAUUAAUAAGAUAAAAGACUUGGAACUGGGAGAACAGUGCUGGUGAUUGCACUGCUGCACACCACUACAAAGAAUGGCCUCAGGAUGCAGUUCAGCAUCACGUGACAAACCCAGCCCCAUUUAAAGUAUCCAUCACGAAUGUAUGAGUGCAGUCCAAGAGUACAAAAACUCACGACAUUAUGUUUUUAACAGCCAUGAUGACAAUUUUUUAUCACUGUAAAGAGAUUUCUGCAUGUCAAUAAACAUGAAA